GCGGCUGGUUUUCCUCUACUUUUAUCCUUUGGUCCCCUGUUACUUCUUUAGAAAUCAUAGAAUUUUGUAUCUUGCAGAAAUGGUUACAAUUAUCCCUACAAGUCAGCUUGGGAACAAGCCCGAGUGGAUUCACUGUCCAUUUUGCUCGACUGACGCGCUGACGACGUUGGAGCAGGUCGAUCCUAUUGGCGAGGCGAAUGGACUCAUGCUCUUCUUAUGCUGCUGUAUGCCUGUUACCGUAUACAAAACGCUGUUUGCCAAAGAUAUUCGAUAUCGCUGCUCAAAUUGUCAAAACGAGGUUGCCUAUCGACAUCGCGUCAACGGUAUAACAGUCCGAGAGCCACCCGCGCACAUUGAAGAGGAGUAUACUUCGCAAGGCGAGCAGAUGAAACUCUGAGUUGUUUUUCUAUGGCUUCAGCUGUGCAUAUUAUUUUUAUCGCAGCUGUUUACUGUUUGUUUGUAGAACGGGCAGCUGUCUAAAUAUAGGGAGCAUCUCCAUAACAGGCAAGUGGAGAUGACUUCUGUAGCGGGUGUUGGUGGUGGUUGUUGCUAGGAGGCAUUUCAGGCGUUGUGUUGUGUUGCAUUGGGCCGGCGAGUUAUUAGCUGGGAUAGAUGAGUAGUAGUGAGAAGGUGUAUACCUGCAUUUGUAAAUCUCAUUUGUCUUUUUUUAUUCUGCA